AUGGCUGAAAUCCGCCGAAAGCUCGUCAUCGUCGGCGACGGUGCCUGUGGCAAAACCUGUCUGUUGAUUGUCUUUUCCAAGGGAACUUUCCCAGAGGUUUACGUCCCCACCGUUUUCGAAAACUAUGUUGCCGACGUCGAGGUCGAUGGCAAACAUGUUGAGCUAGCCCUUUGGGAUACUGCUGGUCAGGAGGAUUACGACCGUCUUCGUCCUCUGUCGUACCCUGAUUCGCACGUUAUUCUGAUUUGCUUCGCCAUCGACUCCCCCGAUUCCCUUGACAACGUCCAGGAGAAGGUUCAGUUUCACCAGCAUACCCCCUGGUGGAUCUCCGAGGUCCUUCACUUCUGCCAGGGCCUUCCUAUUAUUCUCGUUGGCUGCAAGAAGGAUCUCCGUUACGACCAAAAGGUCACAAACGAGCUGGCUAAGACGAGCCAGAAGCCCGUCAGCCCCGAAGAGGGUGAGGAGAUCCGCAAGAAGAUUGGUGCUUACAAGUACCUCGAAUGCUCUGCCAAAACCAACGAGGGUGUCCACGAGGUUUUCGAGCACGCCACUCGUGCUGCCCUGCUUUCGCGCAGUAGCCGCACCAAGCACAAGAAGUGCCGCAUCCUCGACUCUGACCGGCAGCGCCACACGUCCCUCUGCUCCAUCAGCGGAAGAGAGGUGGCGAUGUCACCCGGCUUGUACCUUGGCUUUGAUUUGACGCGCGGGCUUGCCGAUGUGGAAUAA